AUGGGGAGGCUGACGUCAGAUGGGAUCCCAAGAGAGCUGGAGGAGGGGAAGGGAUCGCUGGCACCCUCCCGGGUCCCUCUGGCACUUCGAAGCUUACCCCCGGCCUUCGGCGCCCCGAUCCUCCCCGCCUCCCUGCAGCCCAGCCCUACUCCGGGAUACUUGCUCCGAGAUUCGGGUCAGCGGGAGAGAGAUCGCAGCGGUCGAGCAGCGGCCGCGCACCGCGCCGAGUUCUCAAUCGGCUGGGGCCCCAGUGAGAUGUGGUGA